CCAGCUGACCGAGGAGGUUCACGCACCACUUCGUGUCGCUUUGUGUUGGAGACCCUCGCCGACUUACCGGCGCCAGCCCGCGCGCCCCGAGGUGCGGGCGGAAUUGGUGGCUCAGCCGAGGGCCGCCCCCAACACCUGCCCGGCUCACUGCCCCCUCCGGCCCCGCCCUCAUGGUCCGGCUCUUGACGGUCACCCUCGGUUGCAUCAGCUUCCUCUACCUGCAGCUCCCAGGCGCGCUGUCCCUCGGCCUGGCCCGGAGCCGGCCGCCCGCGCGACCCAGGGAGCCCCCAGCCCGGACUCCUUACAGUGGCUUGCAGUCCCGGCACCCUGCAGCCCGGCCUGUGGUCUGGAAGCUGCACCAGGCCCUCCAGCCCCAGAGGAGUGCCAGCCUGGCCCCUGCUAUGGGUCAGCCUCUCCGGAAUGGCCCCCGCCGACACUUGGGUCCCCGCAGGCCCCGAGCCCAGCUCCUGCGUGUGGGCUGUGUGCUGGGCACCUGCCAGGUGCAGAACCUCAGCCACCGCCUGUGGCAGCUUAUCGGCUCAGCCGGCCCACACGACUCGGCCCCUGUGGACCCCAGCAGCCCGCACAGCUACGGCUGAGGCGCGGCAGGCCAUACCCCUGCCUGUCCCAGCUGGGAUGCCGCGCCCUAAUCCCAGAGCUGCAGCUGAGCCCCCAGCCCAGAACUAGCCCCGAAGCUCCUGCAAAGAGCAGUCACUGGAACAGCGGUGCAGGCCCCUGAGGACACCCCCGCCCCACCCUCCCCC